AAUGAUUAUAUAUAUAUAGAUUAGAACUAUUCUAAUAGAAUACAAUAUAAAAAAGAGAUAUUAGAUAGAGAGAUUUUGGGGAUCUAAAAUUGGAAAUUCUAUUUUUGUUAGUUGUAUAUUAACACAAAUAGAAUGCCAAUUUUGAGAAUAUUAAUUCUAGUUUCUAAUUAAAAAAAAGAAAUAUAGUAAAACAUCUGUUUUUUUGACAUGAAAUGAAUAUAUCCAUACAUCUCAGACUUCCUUUUAGGUUAUGAGAUAAUAAUUAUGAAAUAAUAAAAAGAUAAUAAGAUAUGGCAAAACCUAUACCCAAAAUUGGUUCGCGUAAAAAUGGACGUAUUGGUUCACGUAAACAUGCUCGUAAAAUACCAAAGGGCGUUAUUCAUGUUCAAGCUAGUUUCAACAAUACCAUUGUCACUGUUACCGAUGUACGGGGUCGGGUAAUUUCGUGGUCCUCCGCAGGUACUUGUGGAUUCAAAGGUACGCGAAGGGGAACACCAUUUGCCGCCCAAACCGCAGCAGGAAAUGUUAUUCGAACAGUAGCGAAUCAAGGCAUGCAACGAGCAGAAGUCAUGAUAAAGGGUCCCGGUCUCGGAAGAGAUGCGGCAUUAAGAGCUAUUCGUAGAAGUGGCAUACUCUUAAAUUUUAUACGGGAUGUAACCCCUAUGCCACAUAAUGGGUGUAGGUCCCCUAAAAAACGACGUGUGUAAUGUAAAACAAAAGAUAAAAAUAGAAAACAUAGAAUAAAUUUCAAGACAAAAGAAAUAAACAAU